UUUACACGUAUGAAGGAGCUGGAAAUUGCGGAAAAGAAGGCCAAAGAGCUGACUGACGAUCUCGCCGCUGUCCAGUUCACUCCGCACAGUAAAAACGGCAAAAUGCUCAUGGCAAAGUGUCGUACGCUGCAAGAGGAAAACGAAGAAAUAGGGAGGGAGGCUUCGGAGGGCAAGAUACAUGAUCUGGAAACAAGGCUGGCUGUUCAAAAGUCGUUGAGCUCUGAAUUGAAACGCGGUUAUCAAGGUUUGUAA